CUAUUACGAGCCUAAGGGGAAUUACUUCGGAUCUAAGGCGUUUUGUCCACUAACACUAGAUCAAGGCUCAGGGAAGCAAAGUUUGCAAAGGAAUUGAAGAACAAGUCAAGAACUAACCUUGAAGGUAUGAAGAACUCGAAGAACACCUUGAAGACUCUCUCUCUAGGAAUUUGGACAUCACUUCGAUAUCUCAAGAAUGCAAGUAAGGAAACGCUUCGGAGGAGGGGGGUAUUUAUAGACACUCUCCAACGGUCACUACACGUGGUACCAUAUCAAUGGCCACCUCAGCGGUCACCUUCCCAGCAGCCGAUGAGGUGCCACCCCUUCAGAAAUGGGCCGGGCUCGUGAACUAACCUACCGGCGGAGUAAAAGCCUACGGAUCACACGGACAACGAGCGCCCACAACGGCCUAUAUGCUUGUCGGCUUCACAAGUGCCAGCAAGCGCCCACAACGGCCAUACGCUUGCCAAGUUCACAAACGCCAACAAUAAGGAGAUGACAACGGCCAAGAACGUCAUGAACGCCCGUAACGGCCACAGAACCAAAGGAACAAAGAACCCGCAGCCAUCGGCUCUCCGUAACGACCCUCGAUGAUAACUCUUUACAAGCGAUCUGCGCACAAGGGUUCUCCCACAGGGUUACCUUGGCCAGAAAAUCGCCAUAAGGGUUGGAUUCAGGGGCACUACGGAGAGGCCGCUUCGGCCAGGGACUCAAGCAACUCCUUCACCCCUCACACCCUUCGGCCUGAAGCAGUGGGGGACUGGGGGACUACAUCGGCCUCAACAAUACAGACAAAGGAAAAAUGCAAACACAAAUGUAACCACAAAGCAUGGCCACACCGUCCAUAUAUCACAUGGAGCCUCGUCGGCCAAAGGCACAUAACACCGUCAGCAACGGCCAACAGGCCACCUGAGGCAAGGACAUUCAUCGUCCCCUGCCAAAAGUUAAUCAUAAUGGGCUCUCCGGCCAAGAACACGAAAGCCAAUCAGCGACGGCCAAAAGGAGUGCGCACGCACCCUCAUCGGCCACCCAAAGGAAAGGACGCCAUCGUCUCCGAAGCAAGGUUACACCUCAACGGCCUCAUCGGCCCGAAUGUAAAUCUCAACCAUCAACGUCCAAGAAAGGGAAAAUGCGCCUUCAACGGCCACCAUCGAAGCAGGACACUCAUCAUCCCCAAACGAACACACCAAGGAAACAACGGCUUCCCCGUCCACAGCGAGGAGCAGGUAACGGCCAAAGCACAGAACAAGAUCACCAAAAUGGAAACAGCGCCAACGCCGCAACAGCUAACGACCUAGGAGUGCUCGCAUCGACCAAAAGCACCAAAACACGGGAAUCUACUCUCCUUCACUUCGUCUACAUCUCAGCUUAGAGAGUGGGGGACUCCUGAUGGAGUAUAUGGGUCUGAGCCCUAGGACCCACAUACUCAGAAGAACAGAAAGCACGAGACACUGAGUGGUGCCCUCGUCGGCCAUGGGACCCCCGUCGGCCGAAAAGGUACCAACUCAGAAUAUGGUCCUGAAGCCAAGGAACCCGGGUGCCCUCGUCGGCCGCGCCCUCGUCGGCCGUGCCCUCGUCGGCCACGCCCUCGUCGGCCACGAAGACCUCACAGAACCGGAUUUUACACUUACUCAUUUGUACAGCCCAUUAGUGGCUUUGUAUUCGGCCCAGUAGCGGUCCAGUUGUAAAUGGGCCUCCCAAGCCCAAGGCUUGGGAGCCCAGCCCAAGGCUUG